GGGGCCGGGGCCGGGGCGCAGGGCGGCCGAGGGCGGGGCGGGAGGGCCGCUACCGGCCGGGUGGAGCGAGGCCCGGCCUCAGCCGCCGCCUUGGCCCCAGGCAUCGAGGAGCUGUGCCAGAAGCGCGAGGAGCUGUGCCGGCAGAUCCAGCAGGAGGAGGACGAGAAGCAGCGGCUGCAGAACGAGGUGAGGCAGCUGACGGAGAAGCUGGCCCGCGUCAACGAGAACCUGGCGCGCAAGAUCGCCUCCCGCAACGAGUUCGACCGCACCAUCGCGGAGACCGAGGCCGCCUACCUCAAGAUCCUGGAGAGCUCACAGACUCUGCUGAGUGUCCUGAAAAGGGAAGCUGGGAACCUGACCAAGGCCACGGCCCCUGACCAGAAGAGCAGUGGUGCCAAGGACAGCUGACGCGGUGCCUGCCUCUGCGCUGCUUGCGGGGCUCGGCCCAGCCAUGUCCUUGAAAUGGGUGGCAGCGGGCUUCACUCUCAGUGCUGAGUGGGACCAUUGGUAGCUUCCGCCAUCCAUGGGUGACAGAGCCUGGGGCUGGCCCCAUCCCGCCCUGGGCUGUGGGGGUAGUGGGCGCCCAGGCAGCUCUACAGGGGACCUCUCUCUGAGGCCCCCACGAUCCCCGGGCUGCUGGUCCCAGUGUGUGUCUCAGCACCGUGGGAGUGCCUCAGGCAGGUGGGGGCGGGGCUGGGCCCUCUUUUUACCCCAGAACCUAGAUCUCAGGCCUGGGCUCAGUGGCCUGUGACCCUGUCAAUAAAGGUUGCCUUCGUAAAGGUUUACACCA